AUGUUUUCUUCUACCAUUUAUCUCCACCAUCCUGAUUCUUCUCCUCGGCCUUCAAUUAGAGUAGGCGACACCUAUAUCCUGUUUUUCAUUACGGGAAACCCAGGCCUGAUAGAAUACUACCGCACUUUCCUCUCUCACCUCUAUGCUCUGCUAUCCAGCACCGGUUCUGACCAGGCUUCGGCCGGGGCAGACCAAUUCCAGGUGUUUGGGCGGGAUUUGUUAGGAUUCCAAGUUGAACAUGCAGAUCCCGCCAACGGCGCAUCUCCGCCGUACGGACUGGAAGCCCAAAUCGAAGCCACUGAGAAAGCUCUAGACACUCUCGUCAGUGAUGGUACUACGAAUGUCCAGGGCAAUCGCCCAAAGGUUAUUCUCAUCGGACACUCAGUCGGUGCAUACAUCCUGUUGGAGGUACUGCGCCAGCAUAGAGAGAAACUUCGAGAAGAAGCUCCUCAGAAAGCCAUGACGAUCAUCGGCGGGGUCUGUCUCUUCCCUACUGUCACUCACAUCAUGCAGAGUCGGAGCGGGAAGAGCGCUGGUGUAUGUAAAACUCCAUAUCUAAGCUAUCUGUCUGUCUUUGGUAGAGUUGCGAGACAUGCUGAGCUGUCAAUAUGCUGGCACUGUGAUCUUGAGCCAAAGUCUUACCAUUGCGUACAGUUUUUACUUUGCCGUCCAUACUUUGCUCGCGCUGCUGGUCUCAUCGCACAGCUGCUUCUAGUUUUCGUACCGAGCGUACUACUACGUCUCCUUAUCCACAUGGUGACAGGAUUCCCAGCUGAUGCAGUGGCAACGACCGCAGCAUUUGUGAGGAGUAAAUGGGGCGUGAGACAGGCACUACAUAUGGCUCGUGAUGAAAUGCUGUCUAUCACGACAGACGCAUGGGACGAGGAGGUCUGGGGUGCGGCCCAUCCAUCGCCAACCUCACAUCCUCGCGCCCAACUAAGAUUUCUCUUUGGGAAGGGAGAUCAUUGGGUUGCCGAAGAGACUAGGGACGACUUGAUUCGCACAAGGGCUUCUAAAGAAGACACUGAGCUAGAAGAGGCGUGGAAGCCUAAAAUGGAAGUGACCGAGGAAGGCUGGCCGCAUGCCUUUUGCAUUCGGCAUAGCGUUCCAGUAGCAGAAAAAGUAGCAGUAUACGUUCGCGAUAUUAUACGUGGGGACAAACAAGACGUCGAUCUGCACAAGUGA